CAUGGCUCGUGUAAUUGCGAUAAAGGUACAUUCCUAGUUUCAUAUUGGUAUCAUUAUAAUGCGUGAUGAUAUGUUGAAUAUAAUUCUUAGUAUUCUUUUCAAUAUUCAUCAUUUUUUUCUUUAUAUGUGGAGAAAGGGCAUUAUACAUUUAUGAAAGAUGCAACACUAGCACCAACUUAUGCUAGCUUCGACUACAUACUCAUCGGAGGAGGAACCUCAGGCUGUGCAUUAGCCGCAACGCUUUCUCAAAACGCUCGCGUUUUAGUUCUCGAACGCGGUGGCUCUCCUUAUGAUAAUCCAACGGCGAGUGACUUGGGAAACUUUGCUAACACACUCUUUAACAUCACACCAAACUCGUGGUCACAGCUUUUCAUCUCCGAGGAUGGCGUUUACAACAGACGAGCCCGUGUCCUCGGCGGAGGCUCGGUGAUAAACGCCGGAUUCUACACACGUGCGGGAGAUGACUACGUGGAAGAAGUUGAGUGGGAGCGCGAGGCAGUGGAAGCUGCUUACGAAUGGGUGGAGAAGAAACUUGUGUUCGAGCCACAUGUUAUGGGAUGGCAAACAGCGUUUAAAGAUGGGCUUUUGGAGGCUGGUGUGAAUCCGUACAACGGUUUCACGUAUGAUCACAUCUACGGGACUAAGAUCGGCGGUACGAUCUUUGACGGUGCCGGUCAUCGACACACGGCGGCGAAUCUGCUGGAGUAUGCUAAUCCAGACAACAUAGUUGUAUACUUGCAUGCUUCUGUCCAGAAGAUCCUCUUUACUAAAACAGACGGACCGAGACCAGAAGCAUACCAAGUUAUAUUCGAGGACACAAAAGGAGUGCUCCACAAGGUAGAAUUAGCAAAUAAUCCAAUGAAUGAAGUAAUCUUGUCUGCUGGAGCAAUAGGCAGCCCCCAUCUAUUGAUGCUGAGCGGCGUGGGUCCUAUGGCUCAUCUUGCAGCUCAUGGGGUUAAACCGGUGAUCUUAGAUCACCCAAUGGUUGGGCAAGGGAUGGGAGAUAAUCCCAUGAGUCCCAUAUUCAUUCCUUCUCCUACGCCCGAAGAAAUGUCCCUCGUACAAGCUGUUGGUAUCACAAAGUUUGAUAGUUACAUCGAAGGAGGAAAUAACGUGACCCUCUCUUUUGAUUUGACCCGUAGGUUUUUCGAUGGUGUUUUACAUGUUCUGAACGAGACAAGCCGUACUACAUCUACGAAAAUCUUAACCCAACCCAUUGUAGACUUUUUAAGAUCUUUGGAUCGUGGAUUCAAAGAUAUGAUAGCUGUGAAUGGGAUGUUUCAAAAAGUGGCGGGACCGGCCUCGAGGGGUUACAUGGAGCUACGGAACAGGAAUCCAGACGAUAACCCUUCAGUGACGUUCAACUACUAUCAAGAACCAGAGGAUUUGAACAAGUGUGUCGAAGGACUUAAAACCAUUAUUAAGGUGAUAGACUCGAAAGCCUUCACUAAGCACAAAUACCCUGAUGUGACCGCACGUGUGCUGCUCAAUUUCAUGCUGGGCCUUCCCACAAAUCUUAGGCCGAGGCACGUGACCUCAAUGUUCAACUUGAAGCAGUUUUGCAUCGACAAUGUGAUGACUGUUUGGCAUUACCAUGGAGGUUGUCAAGUUGGAAAAGUGGUUGACAAGAAUUACAAAGUUUUAGGCAUUGAUGCAUUAAGGGUUAUCGACGGAUCAACAUUUCUCAAGUCUCCGGGGACUAAUCCUCAAGCUACGGUUAUGAUGCUUGGAAGGUAAGUGCAAAAACCAAAAUAACAGUUUAUUUAAUAACAUGUUAUGUACAUAUAUUACACAUACAUAUGAUUGCUGGAGUGCUUUAUGUAGGUACAUGGGGCAGAAAAUUCUUAAAGAGAGGGCGGCCUUCUUCAAAUAUCAGGAAGAAGCAUGAAACAAUAAAUCGAGAUGAGCCCAGAUUAAAUAGUUGAAUUUGAACUCUCUUCAGACCUCAAACAAUAAGUCACCGUUGUUUUUUUUAGUAAAAUGUUAAGCCCCCUAUUGUUGGGAAACAUUAUUUAACUUCUGAACAAAACUUGGGUUCACCCCUUAGGGUGAACCUUCUAAUUCACCUCAAUGCUUAACACUAAUCAAAAUGACAUGUAGGAUUAGUUAAAAAAGGAAUUAAAACUAAAAAAAUAAAUGAAAAAUAACUAAAAGAAAAAAAAAGAGGACGUCUCAGUUGACCAAGGAAUUGAACGUGAUGUCCAUCGGCUUCUUCUUCAUAGCCCACAGAGAUAUAUCUAAUUGACAAAACUGAAAUUGAAAACAUAAAAUUUUAACUGAUCGUCUUCGAUUUGACUUAAAUUUGUUUACUCUUUCACUAAAAAUGAAAAACUGGGUUAAAGAGACCCUCAUGUUGUGACACCAUCAUCAUCAAAUUGUAUUGCUAACUAGCUGCCAAAGAACCAAAAUCCUUGAAAACAACAAGACAUCUUUGGAAUUCCACAUCAAACAAACAAAAAAGUUAGUCUUAAUCAUGUUUUAGACAUUAGUGGGUUUUGAUUUUCCUCAUACGAAGAACCAUAGUUGCUGAUCUUGUUUCCUAUGUCAAAGCCUUCCUCUCUUGCUUUAUUUCAGAAGCACUGCUUCUUCCUACUACUAGACAGCUUAAAUAUGGUGUUAAUUUCAACUAAUCUCCUUGAAGAGACCUCUUGAAUAAGCAAGGGCUAGUAAAGCAGCGAUGUGGUAAAUGGUAUUUGUCUAUUUGAGUUUUUUUUAUAUGUAAGAGUAUUAGAAUGUGUGAACUUGUGUAAUAAUAAGGACUAAUGAGCCUUAACCAUUGUUUUUACUUCAUCUUUUUGAGUAAUGUAAUGAGAGUUUUUUAAAACUCAAUCAGCAGAUUGCUAGAAGGCUCGUCACACUGCAAGUAUGUUUUAUAUCUUAUUCAGAGAAGCAGGCAAACAGAUACGAGGUGUGGUCAACUCAGUUUAUAGGAUUGAAACUUUCACAGUUUGUUAAACCAUAGGUAUGCAUAGAACAAAACUCUCUCCCUGACAAAGGUUAUCGACUUGUACCACCAUUGAUCUGUUGUCGAAUGUGAAAGAUGUCUUGUUGUCUUGUGUUUUCAAGGGCUUUGGUUCUUUGGCAGUUUGUUAACAGUUUUUUUUUUUAAUGAACGAGUAACCAAAUUUAAGUCAAAUCGAAGACGAUCGGUUAAGACCUUAUGUUUUCAAUUUCAGUUUUGUUAAUUAGAUAUACUUCUAUGGGGGUGAAGAAGAAGAAGCCAACGGAGAUCGAAGAUCACGUCAAUUCCUUGGUUACCGGCGACGCUUCUUUUAGUUAGUUUCCAUUUAUUUUUUUAGUUUUAAUUCUUUUUUUAACUAAUCCUACAUGUUACUUUGAUUGGUGUUAAGCAUGGAGGUGAAUUAGAAGGUUCACCUUAGGGGGUAAACCCAAGUUUUGUUCUUAACUUCUUACACCAUCUGAAAAAACUCAUUUUGAAUAUCUCAACUGUAAAAUAUUUGUAUUCUAUUAUAUUUUGUUAAACAUUUUGCAUUGCGGUGAGAAACACUUUAGUCUCAGCUUCCAAACUAGAUGACGCUUCUCCUAAACUACUAGAUCCCCACAUUUUUUGUAGAAACAUAGCUAUCUCUUACAAUCCAACCCUCUUUCACCUGACCUGUACGAGAAUCAAAAGCAGCAUCAUAAUUAUACUAUAUAAUCCUUCUACCGGACGUUUUCAAACGGCAAAACGUGUAGCAGGUGUAUCAAGAGACUAAUUCUAAGUAUUGAGGAGAACUAU